AUGUUGUGCUGGACAAUUCUAUACCUCGUCUUCUUGGGCACAGCCUGGUGCUAUACGAAGCCCUCCGGGACAGACCGCUUCACAUCUCCGACAGGGAACCUGGAGGUAGAGGUGACCUUACAAGGCGGACAUCUGAGCUAUACCGUCUUCCUUCAUGGUUCUAUGAUAAUCAAUCCAUCCUCUUUGGGCGUAGUCCGGAGCGACGGAGAUUUCUCCAACAACUUGGUUGAUUAUUCCUCUGAAAAGGUACCAGCACGUGUCGAAGACUACACUCUCCUCCAAGGCAAGCGGCGCAAGGUCCAUGCCGUAUAUAGCUCAUAUACCUGCAGCGUCGUCACUGCCACGCAGGGGUCCUUUGAGGUGCAGUUUGCCCUCUCAGAGUCGACGGUCGCUUUGCGAUAUCGCUUUCCUGAGGACGAGUCAGUCGACAGUCGGACAAUCUUGCAUGAGAAUACGACCUUCGCCAUUAUCAAAUCUCCCGGAGACUUCCAGCUCAUGCAGCCUUAUGAUACGCCAACUCCCAAGUACCAAACGUUCUAUCAACCCCGAACUGAUCGCCGGCGCGCAGAGAUAGGAUCCACAUCCGGAGCUGGCGUCUCGUCUACGGGAUUCGCAUUUCUGGCUCUUUUCAAAACGCAAACGGCCCACUCAGAUGCGUGGAUAGUUCUCAAAGAGGCUGGAUUUGAUGGAACGUACCCAGCCAGCCACAUUGCGAACGUGAGCAGCAGCGGCGUCGUCUCCCUGGCGUUCCCUCCAGACGAUGACGGCAACGGCGCCUUCGGGUCCGGUCGUCCUCAAGGGAUCCUGCCAUGGACAACGCCCUGGCGAAUUAUCUCUAUUGGAACAGAUCCGGCUGCCAUCGUCAGCGACACUAGCGUGACUGAUUUGUCGGAAGCCUCUCAGAUUCGCGACACGAGUUGGAUCAGGCCUGGCGCGGCGUCUUGGAAUUGGUGGGCUGAUUCGUCCAAUCCUUUGAACUACACGGCCAACAAGGAGUACAUCGAUUUAGCAUCGCAACAACACUGGCCAUACACCGUGCUUGACACGUCGUGGGAUCAACAAACCGAUAGCACAGGACACAACGUGUCCCUGUCAACCGUCAUGGCAGAUCUCCUCGUUCAGCCUCGCACCAGACGACAGACGAUGGCGAGACUGGCGGGUAUGGGUGUUGUCGGCCUCAAGGUCGAUGGAAUACAGAGUGACAAGCAGGAGAUGAUGGCGUAUCUACUCGACAUCCUGCAGGACGCAGCCGAGUUCCGUCUGAUGGUCGUCUUUCACAACUGCCCCUUACCGCACGGCUGGGAGCGCACCUGGCCGAACUUGCUUUCCUCAGAGGCACUGAUUGCGUCCGAGUACCUUGCGAACGCGAAGACGUCGUAUGCGCCGCAGUUGCCAGAGAACAACGUCAACGAGGCUUUUGUGCGCCUCCCUAUCGGCCCGGCAGACUACGCACCAGGCGUCUUCUCGACUGCCCACCAUCCCGGCGACGCAACCCUGACGACCUACGCUCACGAGGUGGCCCUGAAUGUCAUUAUCGACUCCGGGCUACGUACUCUCCCGGAUGCUUCGCAGACAUACGAACACCUCAUUCCACCCGAUAUCACCCGCCUACUGGGGACGCUACCCUGCGUGUGGGACGAGACAACCUUUGUCCAGGGAAAUCCAGGAAAGUAUUUCGUCAUCGCAAAGCGCUCUGGGCGAGACCUCUAUAUUGGCAGGCAUCAACGGCGAGACAGUGAGCAUUCCCCUGUCCACUACCAACGAUACCGCUACAGGUGUCGCCCGCAACGUCACCAUCGAUCUUAG